CGACCCAUUUGACAGGGCGGGGCGCCUCACGAAGAUGGUGGCGCGCGCGGCGUGUGGCUCCUGUCGUCUUCCCCAGUCUCAACUCGGUGCACCGGCCAGCGUUUCGCUGGUUUGGAGUCCCCGCCCUCCAGGUCCCUGACCCCGCGCCCCCUUACCGUGUCCCUGACUCCUGGUUCCAGGAAUGCCUCGUGCUCGCAAGGGCAAUACGCUCCGCAAGGGCGGUCAGCGCCGUGGAGGAGGUGCCAGGAGCAGUACCCAAGCCGACUCAGGUUCCAGCGAGGAUGAAGCGGCCAGUGAGGCCCGGAGUACCACCAGUGACUGUCCCAGCCUGCUCAGUACCACUGCAGAGGACUACUUGGGUGGGGAGGCUGUGGAUGAGCAGAGCCAGCAGGACAACCUGGAGGAGAAGCUGAAGGACUCGGUGGACUGCCUCACUGACAAGAGUGCCAAGACCCGGCAAGGAGCUCUAGAGAGCCUGCGCCUGGCCCUGGCCUCCCACCUGCUUCCUGACUUCUUGCUGGAGCGCAGCCUCACGCUGGCGGAUGCCCUGGAAAAGUGCCUUAAGAAAGGGAAGGGUGAAGAACAGGCCUUGGCUGCUGCGGUGCUAGGCCUGCUCUGUGUGCAGCUGGGCCCUGGACCCAAGGGCGAGGAGCUGUUCCAUAGCCUGCGACCACUGCUAAUCUCGGUGCUCAGUGACAGUACUGCAAGCCCCGCUGCCCGACUCCAUUGCGCUUCUGCUCUUGGCUUGGGCUGUUAUGUGGCUGCCACUGAUGUCCAGGACCUGGUCUCUUGCUUGGCUUGCUUGGAAGGUAUUUUCAGCUGGUCCUGUGGCCCUAGUGGCUCCCCUGCUGCUCUGGUCCCUGCCAGCCUACAUGGCCUGCUCUGUGCUGCCCUGCAGGCCUGGGCAUUGCUGCUCACCAUCUGUCCUAGUACCCAUAUCAACCACAUCCUCGACAGGCAGCUGCCCCAGCUGCCGCAGCUCUUGUCCAGCGAGAGCGUGAACCUGCGGAUUGCUGCUGGCGAAGCCAUUGCUCUGCUCUUUGAGCUUGCCCGGGACCUUGAGGAGGACUUUGUUUAUGAGGACAUGGAGGCGCUCUGUGGUUCCCUGCGUACUCUAGCCACUGACAGCAAUAAGUACCGUGCCAAGAUUGACCGCCGACGCCAGCGCUCCAUUUUCCGAGCCGUGCUGCACUUCGUUGAGGGUGGUGACUGUGAGGAGGAGACAAUCCGCUUUGGACUGGAAGUGCUCUGCAUAGACACCUGGGCUCGCCACCGCAUCUACACAGCCUUCAAGGAUGUGCUGGGCUCGGGCAUGCACUAUCACCUCCAGAACAACGAGCUUCUACGGGACAUCUUUGGCCUGGGCCCUGUGCUGGUGCUGGAUGCCGCUGCCCUGAAGGCCUGCAAGAUUUCACGUUUUGAAAAGCACCUGUACAAUGCUGCAGCCUUCAAAGCCAGGACCAAGGCCCGGAGUCGUGCGAGAGACAAGCGGGCAGACGUCUUGUGAAGCAGACUGGCCAAUGAGAAGGCUACCCAUACCCUUACCAUAUUUUUAACAGAAGACAGAGCAAGAACUGGUCCCCACCAGUGAUUGUCACUUUAUUAUUAUUUUUUUUAAUGAUGAAACCAAAAAUAGACAAAUGUGGGAGGGCCAAGGGAUCAGCAGGACACUUAAGACUCUGGCCCUCUGUAUCUGCACUCAGCCCUGGGGCUAUGGCCUCAUUCUGUCCUGUCUCAGGUGAAACCAAAUGUGCACCAGUCCCAGAGCUGAGGGGCAGGUGAGAAAGGACUGACCCUUUCCUUUUUUAAACCUUGAACCCUGGAGCCACUUCCUUUGGGGUCUGGCUCCUGUCCAUAAUGGCAUAAGGUAGACAAAGCUACCUAGAAUGAAUGUGCUGAUUUUUAAAAAUGACAGAGUAUUAAACCAUACUUGUUCCCCGUGA